AUGGGGUCGUCCGCCCGGAUUGAUGCUUACCCCCGCAGCAGCAGUUCUUAUCAUCCCUCAAAAUUCCAAAGAUCAGUAUUUCCGCAUUUAGAGAAUUUUGGAAUAAAUGAGAAUUCCGAAUUCCGAACUCGACGAGAAGACGACGACGAGUCAGACCCUGUCGAAAAUCACGUCGAUGAAGAAGUCGAAAAUAACGAGAUUGAUCAAGAUUCGCACCCAGAGAAGGAAAGUGAUGGAACGGAAGUAGUUUCCGGGGAGGAUGAAGGGCAGAACGAUGACGAGGAAGCAUAUUCAUCAUACGACGGGCUUAGCUCGUUGGACGGUGAUGAUUAUAAUCAUGAAAGUUUGGAGACCAGCAGUUCCGAGGAUGAUUCUCCACCUCACGAAGUUCCGCAGGGUCGGGGAUUCUUUUCCGGUUUAUAUGACACUAUUACAUCCGCUGCUACGAGCGCUGCAGGGAGCUUUUUGGGUGGGGUGAUGAAAGGGAUUCAAGGUGAUUAUAGCAAUAUUGUUGGAGAGACUGCGCCCACUGAGGAAACCACUGUAGCUGCUGAUGAAGCCACAACCGAAGAAGUCACUACAGAAGCUGGUGCCGAGGAGACUACGACAGAAACGCCGAGUGACGACGCCACCACCCCUGAAACGCCAGCAGACGACGCCACCACCACUGAAGCGCCAGCCGACGACGCCACAACGGAAGCAGCGGCAAAAUAA